AUGGCCGGUGUUUUGCCGCCAUCGAGUCAUGCCAACUGUAACAAGCCACAACAAACAUCCGAGGCAAUUCUGAAGUUUGUACACUACUCUCUCUCGCUCUCUGCUCUCAAACAGGCGCGACCGGAGAUAUGGAACCACGCCAACUUCCACUUCAAGGAAAAUUGUCCGGCCAAGCUUAGCGACCACCAUGGGACUGCUCAAGACUUUGGGGAGUUCCGCUGCAUUUAG